AUGGAAAAGAUUCCUACCAAUUCUCGCUUUCUGCUACUUUUGCAAUUCCUUGACAAAACUUCGUUGGGAUACACAGCUCUGCUGGGUAUUCGUGCCGAUACACAUCUUGUUGGCGAUGAAUAUUCAUGGAUCAAUUCGAUCUUCUACUUUGGAUAUUUCCUGUGGUCAUUUCCUACAUCUUGCUUAAUUGUCCGGGUUCCCCUAGGAAAGUACCUUGCAUUUGUGGUCGUUGCUUGGGGUGCUGUGCUCGCCUGUCAUGCGGCAUGUCAUAAUUAUGCCGGCUUCAUGGUUGCCCGCUUCCUCCUCGGUAUAAUGGAGUCUUCCGUCGCACCGGGAUUCAGCUUCCUUACUGGAAAGUUCUACAAGAGAGAGGAACAACCCCUUAGGUACGUUUACUUUCAAAUCAGAUCUCUCUGCAUUCAAGUAACAAUUAAGUUAGACAUGGAAUUUGGUAUCUGGUAUGUAUUUGAAAUGGCACAAUGGCACUUGAAGAUUACUCAUACGUUGGAACAGGGCAACAGUUUCGCCGGCCUUAUCGGCGGUGUCCUCGCAUACGGAAUUGGACACAUCAACGCCAAACUAUAUUCAUGGCAAUACCUCUUCAUCAUCCUCUGCUCGGCAACAUCUGCCUGCGGAAUCGCUCUGUUCUGGCUCCUCCCAGAUGGACCUGAUACCGCCUGGUUCCUUUCGCCAAUGGAACGUGUCACUGCUGUUGAACGUACUAAAGAUGCAUACCAGACUACUGGGUCGAAGGAAUUUCAGAUGUAUCAAGUUUGGGAAGCGUUGAAGGAUCCUCAAUCUUGGCUUCUCUCUUUGAAUAUGCUUGGUUGUAUGCUUGUUAACUCUGGAUUGAGUGCGUUCACGGGUAUCAUCAUUGCUGGCUUUGGUUACGCUGGUUUGCAGGCUUUGUUGUAUCAAAUGCCUGCUUCUGCGGUGCAGAUCGGUUUGGUCCUUAUAACCUCGCUUUGCGGUAGCUACAUUCCGAAUUGCAGGUGCAUCAUGCUCGCCAUUUUGUCUUUGAUUAGUAUUAUCGGAGUUCUCUUGGUGUAUCUUCUCGAUGAUAGUCACACCCAAGCAAAGCUAUUUGGCGCAUCAAUCAUGGGAGCAUUUGCCUGCAUUCUGCCGAUCAGCAUGUCGACGGUGUCGUCUAACAUUUCUGGGAGUGCUAAAAAGACCACUGUCAGCGCUAUGCUGUUUCUUUCUUACUGCAUUGGCAACAUUAUCAAUCCUCAGGUUUUCUUGACAAGGGAGGAGCCCAAGUAUCCGACUGGUAUCAAGGUUUGUCUUACUGGUCUCUCUCUUGGGUUCGUUAGUGCCGUUGGCCUUCGAUUUUAUUUGCAACACUGUAAUACCCUUGCGAAGGUUAGCUACGAACCAGAGGGCAGCGAAGUCGUUGAUCAGUAUCAGGACAGGACUGACAGAGAAAUCCCGGGUUUUAUCUAUCUGCUUUAG